UACACAAACCCAGUAACAAUUAUUCGCCGAUUUUUGCAAAAAAAACUUCUUAAUUAUCGAUAUUUCAAAAGUUUAAGAUAAAUAGCUAUGGAGUCCGGAUUUAGUAAAGCAAAUUCGACUAAUCUACCAAAAAUUGACGCUGUUAUGCUCGGAACAUUUUUCGCAACUAACAGUGAUUUUUGUUCUUCGGAAUUUCGCAACGUUAAGACUUCAAUGUCUUCUAGAGCAUCAUACGGAGACGAUGCUAUUAGCUACGUGCAGCUCAAGCGUGACGCCCAUUUGUGCACAGUGAAAUGCAAAAUGUGUCCAGAACACAAAGUUCACGCUAAACUAUAUGGAUGCACCCUGAUUAUUGAUGAAGAAGAUGAUGUGAUUGUUUCAGUAGUAUGUGAGGACUGUGUUGCUUCAAGAGGUGGUUGCAAACACGCAAUCGCUUUUUUAUUUUGGGUUCACCGUCGUAGCGAGGAGCCUUCUUGUACAUCAACCGAGUGCUAUUGGAAAAAAUCAAAGUUGUCUAGAGUUGGCAGUACUUUGAAAUCAAUCACGACCAAACAACUGUCAAAGAGCAGCCCCUUAUUGCCAGCAAAUAACAUAGUUCUGACAAAAUUUAUAGAAGAAGGAAGGAGAAGAAAAGUGCAUGACUGCGAGCUUUUAAGAUAUCAACCCAAUUAUUCUCCGAGCGAAACUGAAGCACUUUCAAUGCAUCAGCUUAUGCUAAAAUAUAAAGAGAAAUGUGUUGAUACAUUUUUGAGCAAUGUUAUCAUUACAACAGCUCUAAUUGAGAAGGUUAAAGAAGAAACAUUAGAGCAAUCCAAAAGCAAUCUCUGGUUUGAAUUAAGCUAUGGCCGGAUAACCGCAUCAAAGGCAUAUGAAGUUAGUCGUUGCAAAACAGCUGACGGUACACUUGUAUCUUUGAUACUAGGUGGAAAAAUUCCAGAAACCAAACAUAUGAAACGGGGCCGUGUGCUUGAAGAUCAAGUGAGAAGAACCGUGGAAGAUAUGCUAAAAAAAAAAAAUUACCAAGUGCGGUCUUGUAUUGAGUAG